AUGGACACAGCAGAGGACAUGGUCAGCUGUGACGACUUGGGAUUGAACUUCCUGAUCUCAGAAGACCGCAUCUCGGUGAUCUCUGUCUCCGACAACUUCCCUCACGGCAGCACGUCGAGAGCUCCUCAACCCGGGGACACCCUGAUAUGCGUCGAUGACUCGCAGAAGAGCAUUUAUGGAUUCCAGUCUCUCAAGAACAAGCUUACCGAGGUGUUGGAGGAGACAGCAACAUUUGUUUUCAUGGAUGCGGAAGGAUCUUUCUUCGACGUGGUCUUCCAAGGCCGUCCUCGCCCGCCGUCCAACGUCGCCACUGAACUGGUCGAGGAACCUGUCCAGGAACAAGUGCAUGAGCAUGUAAGCUACAACGACGAUGAGCAUGAGAGGAGAUCUCCUGAGACUGUAGCGUCUCAUACCAUCAAGCAACCACCCGGGGAGGAGCCGGCGGUCGGACAUGGCAGGGACGUUCGUUGGGCAGUGGAGGCUGAUAAGAUCAUGGAGCAGGCCAGGCGCAAGAUAGAGCAAGCUCUCAUGCAGGAGAGGGACUCGUUGCGGGCGCUGCAAGAGGAGACGGAGGUGAAGAGGAGGAAGUCCCGUUCGCAGAGAGAAGCGCAGCUCAGGCUGCAGAUGCAACGGGAACGACUGAAACAUCAGCUGCAAGUUGAUCAGAGCCGAUGGCAAAGUCGGUGA